AUGCCCUGGACCAGACCCCAGGUGGACCUACAUGCUGGUGGAGCAGAGGCCAUGAACCAGUAUAACAUAGAGGACCACCACUACGAGGGCUCCCUGUUCCCCACCUCCACUCUCAUCCCUGUCACUGUCAUCUGCAUUCUCAUCUUCAUCAUCGGGGUUACGGGCAACACCAUGACCAUCCUCAUCAUCCAGCACUUUAAGGACAUGAAGACCACCACCAACCUCUACCUAUCCAGCAUGGCGGUGUCUGACCUCAUCAUCUUCCUCUGCCUGCCCUUUGACCUCUACCGGCUGUGGAAGUACGUGCCCUGGCUGUUUGGGGAGGCAGUGUGCCGCUUCUAUCACUACAUCUUUGAGGGAUGCACCUCGGCCACCAUCCUUCACAUCACGGCCCUGAGCAUUGAGCGCUACCUGGCCAUCAGCUUCCCCCUCAGGAGUAAGGUGCUGGUGACCAGACGCAGGGUCCAGUACAUCAUCUUCGCCCUGUGGGGUUUCGCCCUGAUUUCUGCAGCUCCCACACUCUUCCUGGUCGGGGUGGAGUAUGACAAUGACACACACCCGGACUACAAUACUGGCCAGUGCAAGCACACCAACUACGCCAUCAUCUCUGGGCAACUGCACAUCAUGCUCUGGGUGUCCACCACCUACUUUUUCUGCCCAAUGCUCUGCCUUAUCUUCCUCUACGGCUCCAUCGGGUGCAAGUUGUGGAAAAGCAAAAAUGACAUGCAAGGCCACUGUGCUUUGGCACGUGAAAGGUCACACAGGCAAACAGUCAAGAUCCUGGUGGUGGUGGUGCUGGCGUUCAUCAUCUGCUGGCUGCCCUACCACAUCGGCAGGAACCUCUUUGCCCAGGUGGACGACUACGACACGGCCAUGCUGAGCCAGAACUUCAACAUGGCCUCCAUGGUGCUCUGCUACCUCAGCGCCUCCAUCAACCCCGUUGUCUACAACCUUAUGUCACGGAAGUACAGGGCUGCAGCCAAACGCCUGUUCCUGCUGCACCAGAGGCCCAGACAAGCCCACCGCGGCCAGAGACAGCUCUGUGUGAGCGACCACAUCUCCACCCUUAAUGAAAGCCUGACUGGGGUCUGA